CCCAAUCGAUAGGCAUAUGUAUGUAUGUAGAAUUUGUCAGAAAUUUUCUCGCACAAAGCAAAGUGUUUUGGAUAAACGCUAUUUAAUUGUUGUGAAAUGCGCCAGCGCAAGUAGAAUCCAUUCAGAUAACUACAGUGCAGGAUCCCAAAUCCGGAGACUCCAGUGGGGCAGGGACUGCGCUAAAAUUCAGGCUCUGCCAGCGAUUUUCUCCCCAAGGCGUAGGCACAGGCGUUGUGGAUCAUCGCGUCUCCGAGCAGGUGAAACAUGAAGAUGGCUGACGGCUCGACAAUAUUGCGUAGGAACCGGCCAGGCACAAAAUCCAAGGACUUCUGUCGCUGGCCCGACGAACCCCUUGAGGAGAUGGACAGCACGCUGGCAGUGCAACAGUACAUUCAGCAACUGAUCAAACGUGACCCGAGCAACGUGGAGCUCAUCCUGACCAUGCCUGAGGCGCAGGAUGAGGGCGUUUGGAAGUACGAGCAUUUGCGGCAGUUCUGCAUGGAGUUGAAUGGUCUGGCCGUGCGGCUACAAAAGGAGUGUUCACCGUCGACGUGCACCCAGAUGACGGCUACCGAUCAGUGGAUAUUCCUGUGCGCUGCCCAUAAGACGCCCAAGGAGUGUCCGGCCAUUGACUAUACUCGCCACACAUUGGACGGGGCCGCCUGUCUGCUUAACAGCAACAAGUACUUCCCGAGCAGUGUUUCCCACAGGGUGUCCAUCAAGGAAUCGUCAGUGACCAAGCUGGGCUCUGUGUGCCGGCGCGUUUACCGAAUCUUCUCGCAUGCCUACUUUCACCAUCGUCGCAUCUUUGACGAGUUCGAGGCCGAGACGUAUCUGUGCCACCGAUUUACGCAUUUCGUCACAAAAUACAAUCUGAUGUCUAAGGAGAAUCUGAUCGUGCCCAUCAACGUGGGCGAGAACGCAGCACCUGGCGAAAGCGAGGCAUAGACGCUCGCUUAGAUCAGUCAGACUCUUAUAGAACACUCAUUCAACAUACAUAUAUUUAUAUUUACCAAUAGCUUGCAGCUCGAGUGGGCUCACCCUGACAGAGAAACAUGGACGGAGGAAACCCGACUCGAAUGCAAAUCUUGUAUGUAGUUUAAAUGUCAAAUUCACAUAGAGCUACAUAACGAUAACUAAGUAACAAGGGCAGACCCAGAUAUAAGCAGGCCCACUCAACAUCGUUCGCCCCAUCUGAUCCUAAGUCAGCAAUUAUUCCGCAAGUUAUAUUACGAUUAUGUUUAACUCCUUAUUUUAAAUAAAUUAUAUGUAGACACA